AUGGAGAUGGCAGACUAUAGCGAGGCCUUGGAUCCAGCCUACACCACGCUGGAGUUUGAAAACAUGCAAGUGCUUGCGAUGAGCACAGACUCCUCACCACAAGAAAGUGCCAACAUGAAUGCUGCCAACCACUUAGGGGCCGGCACUCUAUGUGCCAUUUGUGGGGACCGGGCCACAGGAAAGCACUACGGGGCCUCAAGCUGUGAUGGAUGCAAGGGGUUCUUCAGACGCAGUGUACGCAAAAACCACAUGUACUCAUGCAGGUUCAACAGACAGUGCAUAGUGGACAAAGACAAGAGAAAUCAGUGUCGGUACUGCAGACUAAAGAAAUGUUUUCGAGCUGGCAUGAAAAAAGAAGCUGUGCAGAAUGAACGAGACAGGAUUAGCACCAGAAGAUCCAGCUAUGAGGACAGCAGCUUACCCUCCAUAAACGCACUCAUUCAGGCUGACGUUCUUUCUAGACAAAUUUCAUCACCGGGUCCAAUCUUGAAUGGUGAUAUCAGAACAAAAAAGGUAGCCGCAAUAAUGGAUGUGUGUGAGUCUAUGAAACAGCAGCUGCUGGUGCUGGUGGAAUGGGCAAAAUACAUCCCUGCAUUCUGCGACCUCCCGCUGGAUGAUCAGGUGGCUUUACUGCGAGCUCACGCUGGAGAACACCUCCUACUAGGAGCUGCCAAACGCUCCAUGAUGUAUAAAGACAUUUUACUAUUAGGCAAUGAUCAUAUAAUUCCUCGAAACUGCCCUGAAUUGGAGGUGAGCCGUGUGGCUGUAAGAAUCCUUGAUGAGUUAGUACUUCCCUUCCAAGAUCUCCAGAUUGAUGACAAUGAAUACGCCUGCUUAAAAGCCAUUGUAUUUUUCGAUCCAGACGCCAAAGGUUUAAGUGACCCAAGCAAGAUCAAACGAAUGCGGUAUCAAGUUCAAGUUAGUUUGGAAGAUUACAUCAAUGACCGACAGUAUGACUCGCGGGGACGGUUCGGCGAGCUGCUUCUGCUGUUGCCGACACUACAGAGCAUCACCUGGCAAAUGAUCGAGCAAAUCCAGUUUGUUAAAUUGUUUGGAAUGGCGAAGAUAGACAAUCUGCUGCAAGAGAUGCUUUUAGGAGGUUCAGCUAAUGAAGCACCUCACGCUCAUCAUUCUCUCCACCCCCAUCUGGUCCAGGAACACCUCAGUAAUAACGUCAUAGUCACUGCCAACAUGGCUACUCCACUUCACAAUGGCCAGAUGUCCACUCCGGAAACUCCAAUCCCAUCUCCCCCCACAGCUUCAGGUUCUGAUCACUACAAAAUGGCAUCGGGUGUUAUUGCUACAGUGCCCAAACAGCCAAGCUCCAUCCCUCAACCUACCAUCACUAAACAAGAGGCCAUCUGA